AUGACCUGAAACUGAAAGUGAAAGAGGAAAACUAGCGCGCAGGCACACAAGUACGGCGGUUUUUCAUCGUUUAUAAAUUUUCCUUGCAAAGAAGAAGUUGUACGAUCUCCAUCUUCAUGCAGAGCAAACAUAUUUUUAUCGAAACACGAAUAACGACGGCGGGUUCGUCCUUUAGAUCUUGCAGUAAGAAAUAACCGCGGGUCAGCAUACAGACCCUGCCUCCCGCUCUCUUCCGAUUGACUCACCCUCCGAACACGUUCACGACGACGCAAAAAUGCCCGAGCACAAACCCAGUGGUGCCUGCCGUGCAGUGACGCCGGCGGCGCUCACCGCGAGUGAAGAAAAAGAAAGAGGCGCGAAGCUGUACAAAGCUGGGGACUGGGCAGGCGCGGUCGCAGCGUAUGACGAAGCGCUUUCGCUGCUCCGCGAAGGAGCGCAGAAGGAGGGGCGGGAGCAAAAGCAGCACGCCUACCUGCGGGCUACGCUUCUGAGCAACAAAUCGAUGGCGCAGUACGAGCUGGGUCAGUACCGGGAGGCCGCGCACUUGGCCAGUAUUGUCGCGGAUCUGGAUGAAGACGAUAUAACUUCUGUAGUCCCACCAGCAGACCACGACUCCGGUGGCAAGGAGAAGGAGAAGGACAGCACAAACAUUGUGCGGAAUCUGCGGCGCAAAAAUAUCGAGCGGGUGGAGCGGUGCGAAAAUUUUCUCCGCCCGUUGAUGGUGGUGGAACAACCAGUCAUACUACCCGAGGCUGCUG